AUGAGCAGAAAAGGGCAUACGCAGAACAAGUUGGUGAGGUUCAUCACGAUUCCCUUUAGAGCCCUGGCAAAAGCAAAGGAUCUUUACGUUAGAAGCCUGACGAGUUGCGCUGCGGGUUACGCGGGGCAAUACCCGGGCCUGCCGAGGAGCAUUAGUGCGAGCUCCGUGGCUUCUAGCCAUGAAAACGAAGAUCUUAGGGACCUCAUCAGGGCUGCAUCGGUUAGGAGCUUGGGUCAUAGGAACGAGUUGGAAAUGUUCUUGCAGGAACAGCUGAAGCAGAUGAAAGUAGCGAAAGGGUUUCCCAAGAGUUCCAGUGUUGGCAUGGGAAGAAUCGACGAAGAUAAGCCUUUUGAAACCGAAGAAAAAGAUGAAGUGGAGAAACAAGAUUCUUUGUUUAAGAGAAGUAAAACCUACGGUGUCACGAAAAGAACUAGUGUUGCUUUUGAUUCUUGUUGA